CUUUAGUUUGUUAUGACUUCUGCGUGUUUGGGAGACGACCUUUGUUCCUUGGCACAUAAUAUCACCAUCAUCACCACCUGCGCUUAUCUACUCCAACUUCUACUCCCCUGUUCAAGCUUUAGAACAAGAUUGUCUCCAUCUACAAACCAUCGGUAAUACACCGUCUUCAACCCUUUAUGUUCAUCUAUCCACGCUUCCUUCCCCCUCUCUAUGUAUCGGUUUCCAUCAAGUCCUAAUAUCAACCAACAACUACCAUUUUCGUUUAAUCGAAACAAACCAGAGAAGGUAGAGAUUGUGCAACAGGUAUUGUGAGUCGGAGAUAAAAGAAAACUAGAAAAAAAAAUAUGCUUGUCUACUACUUCUGCGACAUCAAAAGUUGAUGGAGGCCAUAGAGCCGACAUCGGUGCAAGUUACAGUGACGAAGGCAUCACGGUGGUCGGAUUUUGGAUCCGUAAAAAACAAGGUUCAUCAUUUUCUUAUUAUAUAGAACGGAGGCUAAGGCUUCCCAGUCGGUGAAGAAACUCGAUUAUCCGAUGAACCCUUCAAUAAAACAGCUAAGCAGUUUCACAAUCGAAGGUGUCAAUAUUAUCGCAAGGAGGCAGGCGAUGGUUCGGUUAUAUUAUCGUCUUAUGACUCUGGUCUCAUCAAUUGGUUUAACAUGUACGGAUGUUAACGAUGGUGGAUUCACUUUGAGAAUUUAUGGUUCACGAUUUCUUCUUAUUAAGCAUAACAAAAUCGGUUGUAUUCUCCUUUACCCUCCACUAAUUGCUGAUGAACUCAUUUAUCUAACACCUGAUACCUCCCCUUCUCAACACACCGAUGAACAAGAGAAUGAAGUUCUAUCUCUUCGAAAGCAUAUUGAACAAGCUCAGAUGGCUAUUGCAAAUGGUGGAGAUUGGCAAAAGGAAGUCUAUCAAAAAGAUGGUGCAUAUGAAAGUAGAUUUGUUUUUGUAGUCGCAUCUUUGCAAGUAAAUGAUGAUAAAGUAAAGUCUGUACUUGAGCUGAUGGUGGCCGUGUUAUAG